AAAUUCAAAAACCACCGCUCCCAACGUUCACUUCCAAUCUUAAGGUUACAUUCAUUGGCAUCUCUUCGUUAUAGAAGAUAUAAAUACGGUCUUAUCCUCCGAUUUUAUAAGCAAAUCACAAAACAUCUUGUUUUCUCUGUCACUAUCUCUCUCUCCCAAUCACUCACUCAAGCUCUCGCGAAGAUGGAUUUCCACAGCCUUCUCAGAAGAGACCUUCAAUUUCUCUGCAAGAGGAACAAGAUCCCAGCCAACAUGACCAAUCUCGCCAUGGCCGAUGCUCUCAAAUCUCUUGAGAUCGUUGAAGGUCUUGAUGAAUACAUGAACCAGAACGACGCCAAUGUUCUUCAGUCUCCAGCCAGUGUAGCCAAGCUCCCGCAGAGUACUGUAACCAGAACAACUCGAAGGAAGACGGCGAUGAAGGCUGAGCCUCAGUCAUCAUCACAGUUGGUGAACCGUUUGAAGAGCAAGUCUCUUGAUGGAGAAAUGGAACAAGAACAGAAGACUAACAAUGUCAAGUUUGAAGCCAGUGUGGCGAAAACUCCUGCGGCACGGAGCACAAGAAAGGCUUCAGCGGCAGCUUCUUGUAAGAGUAAAGUUCAGGAGAGUAAGAAGGGUGAGUUGGUGCAGUCGGCUUACAGCACGAGGAGAUCAACCAGGCUGUUGGAGAAAUGUAUGGCUGAUUUGAGUUUGAUGACUAAAGAAACAGAGCAAAAAGUAUCUGCUCAGGAGAAGAAUUUGGAUGGUUCAGAGGAGAGAAGUGAGGAAGCUGAAGUUGUCCCAGGAAGAGAUUUAAGUGCUUCCAUGGAGAAAGAAUGGGAGAACAGUGACCAAGUGAUUGAAGGUCUUGAGAUAUCUGUUGAAAACACUGAGACCAUGGAAGUUAUGACUGAUGAAAAAGCAGAAUCAGAGAAAAAUUUAGUCCAAGAAGACAAACAAGAAGAAACAUUGCAGACUAAUGAAGCUAUUUGUGAGGAAGGUGCAGAGAAGAAGGAAACUGACGAGGAGAUUCUUGAGAAUUGUGUUGAUUUUGAUGAGAUUCCUGUCUUGGAACAUGCCAACACCGAGACAAACAAUGAUAAUAAAGAGUUGAAGGACAUUCAAGCUUUCGAGCCUGAGAAGGUCAACAUUUUCCAUGAAGAAACAGUUGUCGGCGAACCUGAUGGUGAUUCAGAAACUGAACCAGAAGAAGAAGAUUCUGGUGUUGACUCAGACAACACUAUCUCUGAAGCUGAUUCAAUCCAAGCCGGCCACCAAGAAACAGAAAAGGAGAUUCAGGGGAAUGAUCCCUGUCUUGAUCAUUGUGUUGAUCUUGGUGAGAUUCCUGUCUUGGAACAUGCCAACACCGAGACAAACAAUGAUAACAAAGAGUUGAAGGACAUUCAAGCUUUCGAGCCUGAGAAAGUCAACAUUUUCCAUGAAGAAACAGUUGUUGACCAAGCUGAUGGUGAUUUAGAAACUGAACCAGUAGAAGAAGAUUCUGGUGUUGUUGACUCAGACAGCACUAUCUCUGAAGCUGAUUCAAACCAAGCCAGCCACCAAGAAACAGAAAAGGAAAUUCAGGGGAAUGAUUCAAAGAAUGUGAAAAUCAACACUUUUGAUGAAGCUACAAUGGUGGACCAAACUGAAUCUGAAGAAGAUGAUUCUGGUGUUGACUCAGAUGACACUAUCUCUGAGGCUGAUUCAAACCAAGCCGUACAGGGAUCUGAUAUCGCUGAGGAAGAGAUGAUUCUAUCUGAAUCCGAAGGUUCUAUAACUGCUCCAUCUUCUCCUUUGCUUCUGUUGGAAGAGUCUGAAGUCAAAACAGCUCCACUAUCUCCAUUCGCAGCAGAAUCAAUCUCAGCUCAGUUUCCAAGACCAAACAUGUCAGCAGCAACAACCCCAUCGAAGAACUCGGCUAUGAAGCUGGUCAGUGUCGACAACAAUAACAAGGAGAACAACAUGGAGAUGAUGGUGAGUGUUAGUGACAAUGGAGAGAUCAACGCUGAGGCUAAGAAGCAGAAGAAGAAGGUGGAGUUCGAUGAAGAGAACUUGAAAGAUGUUAGCAUAAGGCAACUUGUGAAGCUGGUGAAGGAGCUUUCUAUAAAGGGCAGUAACAACAGAACAGCAUUGCAGAUGUUGCCUGGUAAUAAUCAGAUUACAGAGUAGUGUGGUGAAACGGUGAUUCAACAAUGCGUUUAUCUUGUUGUUGAUGUUAUCUCAAACAGAAAAAAAAUGAAAAUCUAUGUGUUUCGUUUGAUGAUGAUAAUUUUGGUUCGAACAAAAUUUCAAAUUAAGAAUUUUUUUUUUCAAAUUAAGAAACAAAAUUGGUAAAGAUCUUUGAUCUUUUUUUUUAUCAAUAUAAAAACAAAGUAUAAUUUUUUCUUGUGA